AUGAACAGAAGAUCGUCUAGUAAAGUGGUGAAGGUUGACAAGCCGAAACGUGUUACUGAAUGUUCACCACCUCUUUCCCAAAUUUCUUUAAAUUCUCCAAGAUUUCCGUUUACCCAUGGGAUGGUUCGCCAAAUUCCCUGUAGUCCAUCAAGUACAUCAAUCAGCCUAGCCGCUUUGUCACUGGAAGAUAAAUCAACUUCUGUAACCAAUUUUUCAGUCAGUGAAGAGGACUAUUCCCAAAAACGCUUCCCCUGUAAAUCAGUUACAUCAGAUUUUAAAUCCAGAAGACAUUCACUUAUGGAAAGCAGUCAACAUGAGUUUGGAGAUAAUAUGGAUAAUUUUCAAACCGUUAAUUAUUAUUUUGUUGAGUCGAAAAGUUUAAAAGUGAGCAAAAGGUCUUGCGUAGAUUAUGAUCGGAAUUGGUCAACUUACCUCUAUAGAAUUUUUAUUGAUGAAACUGGUAACAAGUAUUCAUUUUUCUAA